AUGGAUCCAGACCAGUUCCCAGGCUGGAACCCACCCAGAGACGACUUGGAUGGACUCCUGUCAAACUACGACCCAUCCGCUUCGAACGUAGAAACCGGUAGAGGUGCCUGGAGCGAGCAAGGCACACCGGUAUCCAGCCCUUACCCAGCACGAUAUUCUGAGCCUACGAUAUCAGGCAUCGUCAGAUCCCCACUCCAACAGCCAACAAGCACGCUCGUCAGCUCCAGGCCACUGCCUCAGCGAAGAGCGGCAUCGUCGAACCAGAUUCACGGUUCCCCCUAUGGGGACCCGCUCCCAUCAGCCUCGUUCGAACCUCCUUUGCGCUCAAUCUUCGUGUCCGGUCCACCAACUGCCUCGGUCUCUGCAAAUACUGCUCUGGCCUCCCUCAGCGCCGCGGUAUCCUCGAGUAACUCUGGCCCCUUAGCUGCUUUGACAAAUGCGGGGGGGAAUCGCCGUAUUAAUUCAAAGGCAGCAGAUGCGAUAAUUACCGGCUCGCCCGCCACAUCCAGCAGUAGACAUCCUCUGCUCGGCUCAGAGAAGGACGUGGAUGAUCCCACCAUGAACUCAACGGGAAAUGCAUUCGAUACCGAAGCAGCCAAUACCUCAACUGCUCUGGCACGUCUGUUUGUCCCGGGUGAUGGAGUAAGUCCCGGUCCACUGUCCAGAGGAGCUUCCCAUCUACGUACAUUGUCGAGCCUUGGCCGAAGCAUAGGUGACACUUCAAGCCUUACGGGCCACCUCUUUCACCACGGCUUUGGAGAAGGUCGCCAUUCCGAUAUCACCAUCUUCGCCUUUGGCCAGAGCUAUAGGCUCCAUAAACUCCUCCUCGACCGUGUGCCCUAUUUCUCCACAGCCUUUUCCGGGUCCUGGGCGGAGAGUACGGCGAGAGAGAUGAAGAUCCCUUGUGAAGAUCUUGAUCCGAACAUCACCAAGAAUGCAUUUGAGCUAGCCGUGAAAAGAAUAUAUGGUACGCAGUUUCCAGCUCAGGAGGAAGAAGAGGCUAUCGGCUUGUUUGCCACUGCUUGUUGGCUAGACAUGCCCGAGCUGGUGGACUCAUGCGUUGACUCGAUUUUGCGCCAGAUGGAGCCCGCUAGCCUCCACAGCCUCAUAAAAUUGGUGACCAACAACUAUUACGGUAAGGCUGGCGACCGGAUCCUCGCUUCCGCAAAAGCCAUGCUGUGCAAAGAAGGAUGGGAAAUGCCAUACGAGUAUUGGGAUGAGAUCCCUGCUGAGAUCAUUCGAGAGAUUGUGGGGGGCGACCCGUUCUUCUGCCCAGGUGAAUGGGAACGGUGGUAUCUGACCUUGAAGCUUUUAAACCGUCGGCUGAGAGCAAAAGCGAUUGAAGUCGGUCUUGUCUCUGCUAGUGGCCACUAUCUCCACACGAAGCCCAACAGUCUCCGGUUUUUUGCCGUGAGGUUUGAUGCACCGUACAGCAUCGCUGGAAAUCAUCGGUACGUGUCAGAGAAAGACGAGGCGUGGGUUGCAUUAUACACAUCCCCAGAAAUCGCACCUUUGCUGGUUCUGCUCGACGAAGGCAUUCACUAUGUCCAUCUCCGCUUUGAACAGCUGCAGCAAAUAAGAAUGCAGAAGGACAUUCUUGGAGUCCCGGUACUGCCGGAGAAGGUGAUAUCUGAUGCCUUGUGGAUGUCUAUGGAACUUCGCCAGAAAGUGCUGAACGCUCGCGAGACAGAUGAGAUGCUCGGAUUGAGUGAAGUGGCUGAAGACUUCGAAGAAGCUGAGGAUCAGUCCGAGCGCACCCAGGCCCACAAUAAGGGCAAAUCCCGCGACGAUGACCCAGUAGGUGUAAGCCAGAUAUCUGCAGAGAUGGAGUCUGGCUCAUGGGAUGGUAAUGGAAAACCCCGGAAAUUCUGGAUCCCCAGUCACGACGUUUCGUGUAUUAUGGGUGGCACCCGCGAAGCCUAUGUGGCCGACAAUUCCACCAGUCUCGCAGAAUGGAGCACUCAUGCCGCCAGGUUGUCGGCCAGCCUUGAGCCUACUGACGUAGCCUGGGCUCUUGAUUUCACGAGCGGCAAUGCAAUUGAGAGUGCCCGGCCACCGUCAAGAGGGUUUUCACCAACCUCAGCGCCACGUUUCAGUUACUAUCCCCCUUUUAGAUUUUCCGCAGAGUUUCCAAACCCGCGCACCCUGAAAGAGAAGAAACGAGUCUACUCGCACACAGUAUGGUAUGCUGGAAGCCUGUGGAAUCUUUAUAUUCAGCGUGUCAACAACUCCAAAGUCCAACAACUGGGCAUCUACCUGCACAGGGCCAAGGAGAAGGAGCCGGUCGAUGACCCUCUCAACCAGUGGAUGGCCGCAAAUGUGGACGAGCGCAUCGGGCAGCUGGAGCGGGAGAUGCUACUUCGCAAGAACGAACGAGGAGGUCGAAGCUGGCAGAUUGUCGACGCUCUGCGGCGGUCGACGGUCGACCAAGAAGACACAUCGGUCGAACCUACUCAUGAGUAUGACAGUGCGCAUCCGCAGCCGAGUGGAGGUGGCGCUCAAGCUCCGCGACCACAAUCGGCGAAGUUGACACAGAAAGGUCCUUGGGUUGCUGGGCGCUUGUCCGCUUCCACUGCCGUCCCAGAAGGACAGCUGCCUGACUCGGACGAAGAGGAUGCAGAGUUGUUGCGGACCAACAGGAAGUACAACGUUUCUGCAAUGCCACCUUAUAUGGAUUCUCGUCCAACGAUCCGGACAUAUUUCAAGAUUUAUUCACCUAGCAAGGCCGGUCGGCUCCUCAGCAUCUACGAGAGUGCGCCCGAUAAAUUCGAUGUCAGUAAGAGUUGGGGCUGGAAGAGUAGCCAGAUGCAGCUUGAUGAUGGGAUUGGCGGUUCCGACAACAUCAAGUCUAGCAAGGACGGAAAGUUGAGGUAUAUGGUCGUCAUUGGGAAUAUCUGA